AUGGCGAAGAAGCAUCGCGUGAAGCGCCAGAAGUAUGUGGAGCACCUUCUCCGCCUAGAGAAGGAAAGGGAUGAGUACCUCGCGAAACGCAUGCGUUCCAAGCGCAGUCGUGCGGAGCGCAAUGCGGAGGACAUAUUUGGCGAGGCGAAGGAGAAUCUCACAAUGGGUGAAAUGAAACGUGAGCGCAAAGAGUCGGCGGCUAAGGAGCAGGCGGUGUUGUCUCCAAACGAGCAAAAAGAGAAGGAAGCCGUGAAUGCUUCUGUAAAUAUGGAGAGGGCGGAGAAUAACGGGGACAAUGCUGCGUUACCGGCAGCGAGGAAGGGGUUGAAGCGAAUCAAUCGAAGGUAUUAA